AUGCUUACAGCAGCUGGCAACAGCCUUGCCCCGGCCCCCGGGGCCCCAGCUGGGAGACCCGGACGGGGCUCCCUGACUCAACCUGCCUGUGAGACUGACCAAGAUGGGACCCCACAGGAUGACCCCGAAGCCUUUCUGGUGACCUUUGAAAGGGUCGCACACAUUGCCGGGUGGGCGCCAAACCACUGGGCCACCCUCCUGGCACCAUACCUGACAGGGACGGCGCAAACCGUGUACCAGGGGUUAUCCACGGAGGAUGCAAGAGACUAUACCCGGGUAAAGGCGGCGAUUUUAGACGCCUUAGACAUCAGCCCAGAAACCUUCCGGCAGCAGUUCCGGGCUCUGUCCUACACCCCGGGCGCCCAACCCCGGUUGGUGGCCCAGGAGCUGAGAGACCUGUGUCGACGGUGGCUACAACCCGACAGGCGGAACCCCGUGGAGCUCACUGAGCAAAUCCUAUUGGAACAGUUCAUCCACAUCCUCCCGUCACGGGGGAGGGCUUGGGUUCUCCGCCACCGGCCUCCAACGGUAGCAGCUGCCGUCGCCCUCAUGGAGGACUUCCUUGCGGCGGAAGCCCCAGUUGGACCGAUUAUGCGGGGCCACCCUCCAGGGCCCGAUCGCCCCAACCCUGAGAGACGGACGAGCACCUGA